GAUGAGCUGUGCAGUAGGAAGGCAGCCAUGCGAGGAAGGUGUGAUGGGGAGCUGCAAACAGGAGAGGUGUGUGGGGGCUUAGUGGGCACUGCAAGGGAAGACCUUAGGAAAGAGGCUUGGAGAGGCGUGUGUUUGGAGCGAGAGAGGGCAACAGCACGAGGGGGUCAUGGAGCAGGAAGCAGGUGUGAAGAAGGGGGAGCGAGGAAGAGUUCUAGGGAGAGGAAUGAAAACAACAAUGGGGACCAGGGAAGUGCAACGGGUUGGGGAGACGGGCAGGGAUUAACAGUUGAGCUAAAGGAGGGGCAGGAAGGGACUCCUCCCCACCCUGCAGAAGAUAAAAUUGAACUUGGUUGUGAACCGAACGCCUUGCCAAGACGAUAGCGGUGCACAGACCAGCACAAAAAUACCCAGAUAUGAUCAACGUAUGCUUCCUUAGUGGGAACGAGCCGUGCCAGUUGUAAAACAUGGUUUUUAGUGGCUUGGCUGGUCCAAUUGAGGAAUCCGCACUGUGGCGAUGCUGCUGGCGUUUGCAAGUGAGGAUUCCCGUGCCCAUCGUGAUAUGAGAAGGUGCUUUGUUUCGGGAGGUGACAUGAGAGACACCACUACCUUCAUUAGUGUUACAGCCCUGGUCCUGCUGAGAGAGCAGUCAUCUGGAGUCACCUGUAUCGCCGUAAAAUAACUCAGAAGAGAAAAGACAGAGGGAAAAAGAUCACAGAACUGAACGGUGGAUUCCAUGGGCCAGAUUUUCUGCUGCUAUCAAGGAGCAAUGGUGCAUUCAGGGGAGGAAGCCCUGGGCUGGAGCAAUGCAAUCAGGCACUGAGCUGAACCUCUAUGAGCCUGUGCCUGCUGGGGUCCUGCCUCCCGGAGCCCGUGCGGGGAUGUCUCGGAGACCCCGCGCUGCCUGCUGCUCAAACAUCACGUUGACAUGGAUGAUGAAGAUGGCCGGUGCUUGCUAGAUGUAAUUUGUGAUCCACAGGCCUUGAAUGAUUUUUUACAUGGAUCCGAAAAGAUUGACAGUGAUGAUCUCCUGGACAACACAGGAGAUGCAGCCAGUGCCUUCUUUGAAGGUGCUGGGCUGCACGUGCAGGAGUCUUCUGGCAAUCAUCUGAGCACCGAGCAGAACCAGCCCACCGCCAGCGUCGACCUCGACUUUCUGGAAGAUGACAUCCUGGGGUCUCCCUCCGGUGGCGGAGGGAACCUCCAGAACUCAGAUCAGCCCUGCGACAUCCUCCAGCAGAGCCUGCAAGAGGCCAAUAUCACGGAACAGACACUGGAGGCGGAGGCUGAGUUGGACUUGGGAUCCUUCCAGCUCCCGACGCUUCAGCCCGUGGUUCAGACAGCUUCGGACGGCACCCCACAGAUUUUCCCCAGUGGGGCUGACCUGAUCGGGCUGCAGCAGCCCGCCGUGCUGACCCAUCAGGCCCUGGUGCAGCAGUCGGUGGGGGCCGACGUUGUCAACAAGGCCAUCAGUGUCCAGCCAUUCCUCCAACAAGUGGGCUUGGGGAAUGUGACCAUACAGCCCAUUUCCAACAUCCAGGGCUUGCCUAACGGCAGCCCGAGUGGGACGCUGGGCAUCGGACCCAUCCAGGUGGUCGGGCCGCAGGUGAUGGCCAUCAACCAGCCCACUCAGCAGAUCAUCACAAAGCAAGUGCAGCCGUCGCAAGUGGCCACCAUGCCCGUGGGCAGCUACAUCACACAGACGGCACCUGAGCAGCAGCAGGUCACGCUCGCCUCCACCGGCGUGUCCCCGCAGAGCGCCGGCCUCGUCAUCCAGAAGAACCUGCCGGCGGUGGCCACCACGACACUGAACGGCAACUCCAUGUUCGGAAGCGUCUCUGCCGCCCAGGGCUCCCAGCCGCUUACCGUCACGUCCAACCUCAGCAGCUCCUUGGUGCAAGCGCAGAACGUCAUCAUCCACCGUACGCCCACGCCCAUCCAGCCCAAGCCGGCUGGGGUGCUGCAGCAGAAGCUGUACCAGAUCACCCCCAAGCCUUUUGGCCCCAACAACACCACCUUGACCAUCCAGAACGAGGCGGCCCUCCAGCAGCAGAAAGCCCAGCAGAACCUGACCUUCAUGGCGGGCAAGCCCGGGCAGAACGUGGUGCUCUCCGGCUUCCCGCCGGGGCUGUCUGCCAACAUGUUCAAGCAGCCGCAGCCGCAGCAGCAAGCUCUGAGCAAGCCCAUGAGUGUCCACCUGCUCAACCAAGGAAGCAGUAUCGUCAUCCCAGCCCAGCAUGUGCCCCAGGCCAUGUUACAGGGCCAGAACCAGUUCCUUCUUCCGGGGCAGCUGGCCGGCGCCUCUGCCGUCCAGAUCCCCCAGCAGCUCUCGGCUUUGCCGGCGAACAUGGGGGGACAAAUCCUCACCACCUCGCACCCCAGCGGCCAAGCCCACAUCAUCACUAGCCAAGGGCCGGGCGGCCAGCUGAUAACCAAUCAAGCGUUGCCUGCCCAAAUCCUCACCAACCAGAACAUUGCCAGCCAGUUGAACCUGGGGCAGGUGCUGACCUCCCAAAAUGCCCAUGGCACCGCACACAUCCUCUCGGCCCCCAUCCAGCUGCAGCCCGGGCAGGUGGGGCAGCCAACACUGUUCCAGAUGCCCGUCUCGCUCGCGGGCAGCUUGACCACGCAGAGCCAGCCCUCCCUGGGCAGCGGCGCCAUCAACCAGUCGGGGCAGACUGUCAUCCAAGGUGUCACCUUGCCGAACCAAGUGGCGAUGUUAAAUGCCACGGAGAACCUCAACCAAGCUGUAAGCAUCCAGGCCUCUGCCACCACCAGCAGCCAGAGCCCUGGGCUCAUACAGCCUCAGCCCGCCUCGGGCGCCAGCCUGCUGCCGGCCAAUGACCAGUCCUCCAUCCUGACCGUUCAAACCGCUUCCCAGGCCCCGGCUCCCCCUCAGCUUCAGCUGAACGUGCAGCAACAGCCUCCUCCGCCGCCCCCGCCCCCUCAGCAGCCAGCCCAGCUCCCGGUGACUUCGCAGCCCAGUCCCAGCUUGGCUUCCAGUCCAGAGAAGAUCCUCUUGAGCCAGGCAGCUGCUGGAAGCGUCAUCAACCAGGACUCCAUGCAGAUGUUUCUGCAGCAGAAGGACCGGAGCCAGCAGCAGCAGCAGCAGCAAUUUUAUCCAGCCACCCUGAAAAUGCAGCAGGAGAACAGUCUGAAUCAGUCCACAGUACCACCACACCCGCCAGUGCCUCUGCCCAUCUACAGCAUAGCCACCACCGCCCUCAGCGCCACAAGCAGUGUCCCCGCCUCGGUGAUAGUCAGCAGCAGUGCGGGCACGGCCCUGCAGCGGGACCUGGGCCCCAACCAGAACCUGGCCCCGGCCGAAUCCAAAGGAACGACCCUUAUACCUCAGUUCUCAGCUGGCCACCCGCAGCAGGCGCUGCCUUGCCAGUUGCCUGCGGGGCAGCAGAAGCUCCCUGGUGCCUCCCCGUCCCAUUCGCUACCUCAUCCUCCCAUAGGCGAGAGCCCUCAGAUCCAGCCCGCGCACCUGCCCCAAAUGCAGUCCCCGCACCAGUCCCGCCCUCCGUCGCAGCCCCAGCCCCUCUCCCGGCCCCCAUCGCGGCCACACUCAAGGCCCCCCUCCCAGCCCCAGACGCUGUCGCGGCCCCCGUCAGAGCCCCUGUCUCGCUCCUGCACCCCGCAGACCCAGAUGCAGAACCUGUACGUGAUCCAGAACCAGAUCACAUCGUCCCCGCACGGGCCCACCCAGCACCCCCUGCGGCCUCCCUCGCAGCCUCAGGUCCAGUUCCAGCCGCCGCCAUCGCAGGCCGAAGGGCAGCCGCCGCUGGCGACGCCUCCCCACAUGCAACUCCAAGUGCAGCUGGCUGCCUCCAUCCAGCCCCAGGCUGAGCCCCAGGUCCAGACCCGGCUGCAUUCCCAGAUCCAGGCACCCGCCGAGGCCCAGCAUACCCAUUCGCCGCACUUCCAGCUUCAGUUCCCUUCCCAGGGCCAGAUCAAGCCCCCGACCCCGACCCAGACCCUUCACCUCACCCCAGAGCAGCAGCGCAGUUUUCAGAUGGUUCCAAACCAAUUCCAAACCCUGACGGCAAUUCCAAAUCCCGCUCCGCAGCAGAAGCAGCUACUGGACAGGUUUCAGCAGGUGCCACAGGGAAUUAUCCUACAAACCAAGCAGCAGACAUCUACCAGCCAGGCCUCGCCGGCGCUCAGCCAGUUCAGCAGCCAGCCCUCCUCUGUCCUGGUGAACACCCAAGGGCAGCCAGUAGCAGUGACAACGACGCCGGCACCGGUCCACAGCCAUGCCCCAGCACCCGCCACCGGCCAGCCGUCCACUGCAGGUAUCACUGCUUCUGUUCCAGCGGAGAGCAAAACAUUUUCUACUGGCUCCACGACUAUUUCCGUGGGGAAAGUAGCGGCGGGACAGGGGAAGCCCGGAGCCACCUUUGCUCUCCAACAGCCAGUUCAGACCAAGACCGGGGUGAUCAGCUCCGUCUCCGGACUGAACCUUGGUAAAGGAUCCUUGCAGAUUCAGGUUGUCAGCAAAGGAUUAUCGCAGCUCAUGCCUUCAGUCCCGGUCCAAACCACGCAGCAGUAUGACAGUAAACUUGGAAGCCUGAAAAAACCGCCUACACUACAGCCCAGCAAAGAAGCAUGCUUCUUGGAACAGUUGCAUAAACACCAAGGAGCCGUGUUGCACCCAGACUAUAAAACAUCAUUCCGUUCAUUCGAAGAUGCCUUACAAAGGCUUCUACCCUACCAUGUCUACCAGGGGAUGCUGCCCUCCACCCAGGACUACAAGAAGGUGGACGAAGAGUUCGAAGUGGUGUCCACCCAGCUCUUGAAACGCACACAAGCUAUGCUGAACAAAUACCGGCUGCUGCUCUUAGAAGAGUCCAGGAGAGUCAGCCCUUCCGCGGAGAUGGUGAUGAUCGACCGGAUGUUUAUUCAGGAGGAAAAGACCACGUUGGCGCUGGAUAAGCAGCUGGCGAAGGAGAAACCAGAUGAGUACGUGUCGUCAUCCCGCUCCCAGAGCCUCCCAUCCUCCACGGCUCUCGCCUCCGCCUCCAGCGCCGCCCCAGCCUCUGAAAGCCUCAAGGUGCCUCCGGCGCAGACGCCCGGCCCCAUCAACCCCACCAAGCUGGUGAUCAAACACAGUGGGGGCUCCCCAUCCGUCACCUGGGCCAAGGCCUCGCCCUCCCUGGACGGGGAUGAAGACGCACUGCCUUCCCGGAGCAAGCCUCCCAUCAAAACCUACGAGGCCCGGAGCCGCAUCGGCCUCAAGCUGAAGAUCAAGCAGGAAGCCGGGCUCAGCAAAGUGGUGCACAACACGGCCCUGGAUCCCGUUCACCAGCCGCCCCCCGUGUGCACCGUCAUCAAGGCGCCCGACCAGCACACCACCCCGGCCGUGGCCACCUCCACCCCCCCUGUGGCCACCGCCCCGGGUCAGAUGAACGGCACCGUGGACCAUGUGGCCCCGGCGCCGGCUGAGAAGAAGCCCGUGGCGACCUACUGCCGGCUCCCGCUUCGCAAGACCUACCGCGAGAACGUGGACGCUUUCGUGGCCGACAAAGCCACUGAUGCCAAGGGGGGUGCCCCCAAGGCCGACGCCGGCCCCCUCAAGCAAGAGGACAGUUCGCGCAGUGUCAUCACCUCCCUCAAAACCCACGAGAGUCCUGCGGUGGCCGAGAAGAUCCGGCCGGAGGAGGGCUCCAAGCUGCUGUUCUUCAACCGGAGCGACACCCGGGCCCUGGGGUUACAGGGCAGCCCCGCUCCGCCCAAGCCGGACGACGCCACUAGUGGCCUUAUGAAGGAACUCGCGGAAGUGGAGGACGAGUUUUACCGUGGGAUGAUCAAAACGGAGCCCCCCGACCACAGCUCGGGCGCGGAGCUCACCUGGGACGUGCCCCUGCCCCCCGCCAAGCGCCGCAAGUCCGAGUCCUUCGACGUAGACAACGCCAGCUUCUCCAGCGACAGCCCCCAGGACGACUCCCUCAACGAGCACCUUCAGAGUGCCAUCGACAGCAUCCUCAACCUGCAGCAACCUCAGACUGGGGGCCAGGCCAUCCGGACACCCUCCUCCUCCUAUAACUCCUCUUCUUCCCCCUUCUCGUCGCCCGUCCACCGCACGGACGCUUACCUUGCCCCAAAUCACAACGGCGGCCUUGGAGCGAGGACGUUGAACAGAUAACAGAUGCCCACAGCGGGCACGGGACAAUUAGCAAGGACCGAAGAAGACGCUCUUGCUGGCGGUAAAGGUGGGGCAGGGUGGGGGGGGAGUGCCCGGUGCCACCUACCGGAGACCCGACUGUUCGGGCCUGGCGCCGAUGGGAGUUGGGGGGUGGGGGGGAAGGAGGGCGUCCGAACGCCGCUGCAUUGAUACGAUGGGUUUGGGAUGUCACCGAGGACGGAGCGGAGGUGGGAUGAUGUACCGCACGCUCAUGCCGUCAAACCCGCGCGCUGACGGCGAGCGAGAAUCCGGCGGGCGGGCGGGCGGGGGCGACAGGCCCCUGGGUAGCAUCGGCUGUGUAAUGUAGAGUCUGUAACGAAUCCCCCGAUGGGUCUGGUUUUCCCCUCUCCCAUCUCUAUCCUGCCCCAGCGGCCUUCCACCCUUGAAGGGACUGUAGAUGGCUCCCCCGCCUCCAGCCCACCCCAGCGGCCUUCCAGCUUCGAAGGGAUUGUAGACGGAGCCGGCAGGACACUGGGGUGGGGCGAGAGGCGCCGUUGCAUCACCGAUUCGUUUGUUUAAGUUAUUCCCUGUAUCCCACGCGGGCUUUCAGACCCUCUCAUCAGCCAGCCCAGGGCAAGAAGAAACCCCCCGCUCCGGCCCCCCCUGUCCAGCAAGGAAAUACAAACACUAAGCACCAGACUGCAAAGUUUACAGAUGAACCAGGACGUGUCCCAGGUGGGAGGGGGGCAUGGGAGAGUGGGGGCUGUCGCCAGGCAAGGGGAUUUCCAGGGCUGCGUGUUGCUUUCCAAGGCAGCCGGGCUGUGGGUUCGGGCACGUCUGGUCUGCGAGUCCGGCCUGCCACUGUCUGCGCAGAGCCAGGCGAGCGCGAACGUUGACACAGCUGCCGUCUCUGUUGCUUCAUCCCCUCGGAGGGCUUUGCUCUUCCUUGCCCUCUUGGCCAUGCAUCGGGUGCCCCCUUCCUCUCUUGUGAAGCCAUAAAGAAGGCCCUUUUCCUUUUCGUUCUCCGUGCCCUUCGUGGGACUCGGCUCCUGCCUUUCCAGUCCCCCCCCCAGCCUGGACCCUGAGUCCCGUCCCCCCCAAGUCAUCCCCAUCACGAAUGCUUUCGCUGGGUCCGCUGUGACCCUGGCUCUUGGCUGUCAGCUCCAUCAGUCACUUGUUUCAUCCGCUCUUUCCCCCCGGCUUCUUCCUUCCACUUUCUGCAGGCGCCAGACCCCAGAAGCAGGCAGAUGGAGACGCCCCAUUUGAUCUAGUGCCAAUUUCAGCCACUGGGUCCUUUCCCCUGGGGCGGGGGGUGGUGUUUAUGGAGCCCAAAUCCUGACGCUCGCCUUCUGUUCACACUCCCAGCGGUUUCUUCUCCUCUGUUGAUCCCUUAAAGCUGCCGGCCGGAGUUGAGAGGGGAACUGUUUGGUUUGGAAGCAGCGUUUCCCUUCUCACCAUCCCCUGUCCUCCCCCCACGUGCUCUCGCUCCAUUGUGGAUGUAUCCGGGUUUCUGGUCAGUCUCACAGUGACAGGCGGGCGACCCGUGCUACAGGCGACGCCAGGAUGUGUGCGCAUCAGGCGGCCUUCCAAAAGCAAUACAGCCGCUCCUGCCAGGAGCUCCGAGGAGGCCCCGAAUAGCCCCGAUCAUGCCUUAUCUCCCCCCUCCCUGGCUAGAUGUUUUCCCCCCGCGGAUGAGACCAGCUGCACGCCUGUGUUUUGCGUGCAAGCUGUGACAGCCGGCACGUACAGAGAGUGUCGCUUGUCCCCUUCGAGCUUUGCUUCCAUUUCCAAGACGGUCGGAGUCCCCAUGCCAUCCGGUAUCGGUGCCGUGCAUCUUGUUACCUUCUGCUCCUUCUUCACCCCCAAGGAUGCAAUAGCAGCCCACGCCAUAUCAGCCCGGCACCUCCUUGGAGAGGUUUUCCAUUAGUGAUGCUUGAAUCGAGCAGCUCAAGAGAUGAUGCAGGGGGGUUGUGAAGGGCUGGUGAGGAUCCUCGGCCUCUCCAGUUGCCGGCUGGAUGGGAGAGAGGGAACCCUUCCAAAUCCACCUGCCGGCUGUGUGCCUUGUGGACCUGUCGGCUGCAUGGAGAGAGACUGCGCAGAGGUGGAAACCUGGGGAAGGGGACCGUGCCCUGCACACCCCAGGGGUCUUCGCUGCCUGGGGAGAGGUGAAGAGAAAGCCGAGUGCACGGAGCAAACUCUUCUGUGUUGCAGCUGGGCCAGGGAAACCUUCCCCUGGAUUUGCAAGCAAAGCACCACGGCUGACAGCUUCCCCACCCCAGUCCCGUGCGAACGCCGGCAUCUGUCGCCGCUACCUUCUAGUGUUUUCUCUCGCACGGUAUUUCUUCUGCUCUGAUCCUCUGGGAGCGCAAAUGGGGUUUCAUCCUUCCUUAUCCCUUGUCUUUUAAGCAUCUCUUUCUCCAAUGCUGAAAUGCUUCUGAGCGCUUGGAGAGAAACCAGGCCAGAGCGGCUGCUUCGUGCAGCAGGCACGCUAGAAACCAUAACCAUAAAGCUCGCAUAGGCGUGUCCUAUUUCUGCGUGUGCUUGCACACACGCGUGCAGCUCCUACCCUACGGUGUUAGGUGGGCCCCGCACUCGGCAGAGCAGCUCGUAAAACUGGCGUGAACCCAUUUCACUCCUAGAGUUUUAGUCUCGUGGUUUUUCAGGGAUCUGCUGAGAUGCGGCUGCCUCUGGGGUGGGCACGGGGGGCCUGGGUAUCCCAGGACUCUCACGGCAGUGUUGUUAUCUCUGGCUCACGACUGUCUUUCCCACCCUGCGUGAUAGCAGCAAUUCAACUGGGAAGCUGCCUGCGUGAGGGGGGUCCCAGCUGAGAACCGCAGCCCUCCUGCUUUCUUUCCACCGUGAUCCCAACCCCUGCCUUACCCCUGUCUGUAUUGUCACUCGGGAUUUGGCAUAUCCCGGCGACGCUCUUCCUCGGUCCCACAGAUACCAGCGCUAAAACUCACUGACAUCCCCUGGAGCUGGGGUGGGGGUAGGAAGCGAGCCGACCGGUGCAGCACUGGGGGGGUCGUGCGAGGUCGGUGCCUGUUGUGCGCCUGUUGCUUCACCCGUGGGCUGUGAAGGUUGGACCCUGCGAUGCCUGCCCUAGGCCCUGUCGAGGCGGACGGGUGCAGGCACGGCUCCUCCAGCUGCCGGGGGACGGGGCCGCAUUGCACUAGGCAGAUGGCGUUGAGUUAGGCAGGAAGCUCUUGGGACGCGUUGGAGGUCCCUUCCGCAUGUUAGGGGUGCCUUGCAGUUGGUUGCAAAGCCAGCAGAGAUGCGACCUGCCUCUGGCUGCCACGAGCUUAAUCUGGCUUCUCUCCGUGCCCCAUGGGUUUGCUGUCUGUGGGGCUCUGAAUCCUUUUGCGCCGGCCUUGACUUUCCAGCGUGCACCGGUGUCUAUACAGGGCUUUUCCACCUCGUCCCCUGGUAAUCGGCAGCUCCGGCUCCCCCCACCUGCGAUAGAGAUGCGCACGGUGAAGCCGCAGGCCGGCCUUUUGGCUUCUCUCCAGGCGCUUUUGCAGACGACACGAGCUAGGCCUGCGCUCGAGCUCGGUGAACAGCUCAGCCCCGCGCGAGCGCUCCCGUUGUUUCUCUCUUCUGCUGCUCCCCUUUUCUUUCCAGGGAGAUCCUGCUUUCCAGAUCCAUGAGCACAUUUGGGCGUUCCUGGCUCUCUGCUCUUUGCCAGCCCGCGCUGAGCUCUGCGGUUCGGAUUUUAAGGUGCCCGACACCCCCGCCUCUCGCUGUGGGCAUCUCCAGGACGAAGCCUGAUAUCCUCACGCGGGUUUCUGCAUUUCCCAGAGACUGAGAGAUUUUGGAAACCUUGGACCUUUUUUGUUCACAAAAAGGGGCCUUAAAGUAUCCCGAUGUCCCUCCUGGUCAGGGGGUCAAGUCCCAGGCUGAUGCAGCCAAGACCCCAGCUCCCCAAGAUGCUUUAUAAGCCAGCGUCCUGCUCUUUACUAGCCGUGAGCGCACUUGAACUUCGCGGAGAGAUGAGAAGGGGGCAUCUCUUCCGGCUUCCUUCUCGCCGGCCAGCCUUAUUGCCUCUCUCCCCAGCUCGAGACCCACGACGGUCAACAUGGGAGACCAACACUAGAGUAUCUUCCCCUCCCCGUUGCUUUACAACUUCUUCGCCUCCAUACCCACGUCCCCAGCCCCCUUCCCGUCCCCAGCGGCCUUGUCGGGCAUCCUCAAAGAUGACACUAUCCCUCCCGAAUAAUGCAACCCGCUGCAGAGAGCUUGGAGCGUUGCCCGAACAGUUCUUCACCCAUUUCUUCUUCUUUUAACCUUGACGUGUCUUGUGAAGUAGAGAGAAGUUUCUGUGUCUUAAAGGAAAUUGCAGUUUAACGAGGACAACUUUUUUCUCCUUUUCUCGGCUUGUUUUGUUUUGUUUUGUUUUGUUUUAGGGGCAUCAUUUAACCAAAAAAAAAAAAGAAAGUUGAAAGGGUCUUUUUUUUUUUUUUCCUCUCCGUCUUUGCCGAGAGCGGGUUCGUAUCGAGUCCACCCACCAGCAGCGUCGGGGUUGGGGUGGGUUACGGAUCGGGUCUGUGCCUCAGUUUCCCCGCCAGUUGUUCCAGUUGAUCAAAUUUUGCUUUAAAAGCAAGUAGCAGUGUUGCUUUUCCCACCUCAUCCCCCCGUCAGCUCCCAAAACGGCUUGGGGCAUUUUGCCUUCGACCCCAGCGGCUCUGAAUGCCUCCGGUCGGGAAACCUGCUCGGUUCCUCCAGCUCCUCGAGGCUGGCUGUUUGGGGAGGACCUUCCCCCCCGGUCCUAGCCCACAGGGGAGGUCUCCUUCUUUCCUAAUAUGAUCAUCUCCCAGGAUAGUUCGAAGCCAAGUGAAGCAGAGGUGGCUUUUUAUUGUGCGGUGGAGGAUGUGAUGUUGGCGUCCCCCCAAAAGGAGCGUCCACAGAGACAGCACAAAACCCUGACCAGCUCCAAAAACCCCGAAGUCAACGCUCGCGCGACCCUCCAUCGCCCCGUCGUCACCUCUACCGAGAGGAUUGGUUAGGUAGCAAUAAGGCAUGACCAGGUUCAAAACAUUUGGUGAUUUCUUAUUUAUUUUUUUUUCCUUUUUUUAUAUAUACCUAUAGAUAUAUAAAAAAAAAAAUGUAUAUGAAAUCAUUUGGGUUUUGUUUUAGCGUCUAAUUUUAUUUUUUUUUUUCAAUCUAAAAGAAAGUGUGGAUUUGGGGAUCGUUAGCCUCUUUGUUAUUUUUUAAUCUCCUUUCUCUGCAAGACGGAUGCAUUAAAAAUAAAACAAACCAGAGAGUUCCCUUUUCGGAGCGGCGGCUUGUCUCGCUGUCGGGGGAAGGCAACUUCAAUGGUGAUUUUUAAUUCUGGCUUUUUGGCUUUUUUUUUUAAAUCCCGUGAGUUUGGGAACGAGCGACUGAACCUCCCUCUUGCCAUGGGGGGUGUGGGGGGGUUCGUCCUCUUUUAGGAGAGAGCUUGGACGAGGUUUUUCCUCUCGGCCUCUUGUAGCCGCCUCUCGAUGUAGCAGAGACUCUAGAAUCGAAUGCAAUCUCUACCCGUCCCUCUGCCCUUGCCCCCCGCCCCCCAAAGAAAACCGAACAGCGACACUUGCAAAAAAGAAAAGGAAAAGAAAAGAAAAGGAAGGAGAGGAAAGAACACCCCACGCUCCUGCUACAGGUAAACCCACCCCCUUUCCUUUCCUUUCCUUUCCUUUCCUGCCCCGCUGGUACCAGUGAACGCUAUCACAGUUCCGAGACAAAAUAUAGUACUAUAAAAUAAUUUUGUACUGUAUUUAUUGUGUAUAACAAUUUUUUUAAAGAAUUAUGUACAUUUAGUACUUCUGUGUAAAUUAAAUCGCUCUUCUUUUUAAAAACGGUAA